AUGACUACCCCCGAAGAUAUCGACGCGUUUUUCAACGCUCUUGUUGGUGGGGUUGGCUUGGAGGAGGAGGCACCAGGAAAGAAGGCCCAGCAGCAGCAGCAGCAGCAGCAGCAGGAGCAGCAAGCGCAGCACUUGCAGCAACAGCAGCAGCAGCAACAGCAACAGCAACAGCCGGGCAAUGCAGCGGGUCUCAACGUAGCCCAUGCAGCAGCUGCUGCAGGAUCAGGGGCUGCACCUGCCGCAGCUGAUCCUGCUGCAGCUGCACCUCUCGCUGCUGCUGCAAGAAGUGAAACGGCUUCGUCAAAAUUGCCUGCAGCAGCAGAGAAAGCUGCGGCUCCAGGUCCGGCUGCAGCAGCACCAGCACCAGCAGCAGCAGCAGCACCACCACCAUCACCAGCAGCAACGGCCCUUUCUUCUCUACCAAACCCCUCUGCAGCAGUGAAUACCUCUGCGCCCUUACUGCAGCAGCAGCCCCCUGCGCAGCCCCCUCCCGCUGCAGCGGCGAGCAGUAUCCAUUUGCCGCAGCAGCAACAGCAGCAGCUACAGCAGCAGCAGCAACAGCUGCCGCAGCAGACACCUAUGAGCUGGCAAGGGCGGGAUCCCCCUGAGCUGCAGUGCGAGCCGCCAUACGCGUACGUGCCUCCCGCGUGUACGGUAUCAGCAGCUCAGUCGCAGCAGACAGCAGCGCAGCAGCAGCAGGCAGCAGCGCAGCAGCAGCAGGCAGCAGCAGCGAAGCAGCAGGCCGAGACAGCGAGUUUGUGCGUUUCUGUUGCUGCUGUGGGGCGCCUAAUAGAAAGCAAACUCCGAGAAAACGAACAAAUGCUGUUUGCAAUUCAUGAAAACCUGAAAGUCGGCCGCUAUGGAGAUGCUCUCUGCUACUUCGAGCGCCUGCAGCAAAACCUACUCUUCCUCGCCAUGCUGGCGGACCAGCACCGCGGGGGCUUGAGUGAAGGGUCAAUGGAGGAGCAGCAGCAGGCCUUCUAUGGCAACCGGGAUUUCUGGAGCCACGAGGAGCUGCAGCGCCUCCACCACGCGCUGCGUACGCCGGGGCAAGGUGAGGUGCAGCUGCAGCAGCAACAGCAGCAGCAGCAGCAGCAGCAGCAGCAGCAGCAGCAGCAGCAGCAAGUCAGAUUCGUUUCUGAACGCCUUAAGGCCAGCGGGCUGCUGCUCCUACCCUCUUGCUUCUUAGCUGCCCAUCUGCAGCAACUUGCUGCUGCUGUAGGCAGCAAGAACUCCGCGCAGAUCCUCUCUUACUUGUCACAUGCAGCAGACCGCCACAUGAUGCACCGAGCAGCAGCCGGGCCGGCUGGCAGUGCUGCAGCAGCAGCAGCAGCAGCUGCUGCUGCUGCGGCUUCUGGCUUCGGGACGACGGCUGCUGGCAACUCUGCUGCAGCAGCUGCUGCUGCACCGGCUUCUCUUCCUUCAGGCGGUAUGUACUGA